UCGUUCUCCUCGCUCGGUUCAGAUUGUUGUUUUUAUUACUGCCGUGUUGUUGCUGUUGGGUCGCAGCGAGUAGCAAAGCAAGCACGAAAUCGCCGAGCCAAACAUCCUUUGUCAAUACAAAAUACGUACAACAAAACAAAUAAAAUUCACAACAACAACAGCAUCGCGUAGAAUGGCAACAAAGACAAAAGUCAAAAGUGCAAAAACAAAAGCAAAACGAAUGAAUCUUGCGCCCCCAAAAUGCAAGCCGAUAAACGAGCAUCGAGUUCAGAUCCGACACAUGCGCCCAAACGGGCGGGGAAAAUCCCAUGAACUGGCUUCAAAUGGGGAUGGGAUAGGAUUGUCCUUGGGUAUGGGUUGGUGGAUAUUAUAUGGCCGGAUAAAAUGGCGUUGGCCCACCCACACACACACGCACACACACACUGAAAAGAGAGCAGAGCAGAGCAGAUUUCUCCUCCAUUUUGGAGAAAAUUUCCUGCAGAGUCGCCACGUCUGGCCGAGCUGAGCAAAUGAUUUUUAACAAAUUUCAUUAACAUCAGAGGUCCGUAAUCAUUCAAGCAUCGCGUUUCGUAACUGGCCUGCCGAUACCUUACUCGACGCUGGCCACUCCAUUAUAAAGACUACGACUACCGAUGCAUCUUGCACUUUUCUCACGUGGCAUUCCGUUUAAUCGCACUCCUUGCUAAACUAUGUGAAAAGUGUCAAAAAAUAUACCGAAAUUACUUUAACGAUUUAUAUCAAUCAAUCACAAAAGUCAACCGCCAAUCAGCAACUAAUUAUUUCUCAAUUCGCACCUAAAACUGGAUUCACUCUUCAUCAGAAAUGAUCGACGAACAGCAUCCUAUGCAAAUUGGUUUGUUUCCAAUGGACAUCAAAUGUCAACAGCAACAGCAGCAACAACAACAACAACAGCAGCAACAGCAACAGCAACAACAACAGCAGCAUCAGCAACAUGUAGCUGGAGCAGGACAUGCGAUGUGCCCCAUUGCAAUGGGGCACAAUCAACUGCUGUUGAACGGAAAUGAGCGCAUGUUAACAACACCAACAGCAACACAAACAACAGCAGCAACAACAGUAACACCAAAUGGCAACUGUCAAGCAGCAAGCAAAGCAGCAGCAGCAACAACAACAACUGGAGGUGGAGGAGGCGCUGCGGCAGCCGGUGGAGGUGACAAAAUGGCGUCAGCGAGCCAGAAUGUCAACGGAAGUUGUAUGAACCACAACAGCAGCAUGGCCACUGCACACCAGCAACAACAACAGCAGCAACAGCAAGCCAUGUCUAUGGCCAGACAGGGACUGGGACCUGGACCACCAAUGCAAAUGCCGCCUGGCCGCAUUGCCUUGGGCAAGUGUAGUCUCAACGAGCUGGAUGGUUACUCCACAGCCACUUCGACAUCCACAUCCACAUCCACAUCGACACCCACAACUGCAUCCACACCCACAUCGCACACACCGCAAGCGCCUCAAAUGCUGCAACAGCAUCACUCGGCUGUGGCAGCAAUGGGAGUGAUGGGCAUCGAUGUGGGGUUGGCUGGCGUGGGCAUGGGUGGUCUGGCUGUCAACCACUGCGCCUAUUGCUGCCAGCCAAUUUGUGAUCGUUACAUAAUGCGCGUCGCGGACAACUCCUUCCACGAGGGUUGCCUCAAGUGCACCGCCUGCUCCAUGCACCUCGUGCACUCCUGCUAUGCACGCGAUGGCAAACUCUACUGUCGUAUCGACUAUGAAAGACUCUACUUACGCAAUCGUUGCCUUGGCUGUGGCCAUAAAAUCGCCGCCGAUGAGCUGGUCAUGCGCUCCCAGGAGAGCAUCUUCCAUCUCAAGUGCUUUGCCUGUGUCGUCUGCGGCGCACUCCUGAAGAAGGGCGAGCAAUAUGUGGUGAAGCAGGGUCAACUCUUCUGUCGCUUCGACUACGAGAAAGAGGUGGAAAUGUUGCAGGGUUACGAUUUUUAUGGCGAUGAGAUGUUUCCACCGAAACUGGAUGGACGACGAGGUCCCAAAAGACCGCGAACUAUACUCAACACACAGCAGCGUCGUGCCUUCAAGGCAUCCUUUGAAGUGUCGCCGAAACCGUGUCGCAAGGUUCGAGAAAACUUGGCUAAGGAUACUGGUUUGAGCUUGAGGAUUGUGCAGGUGUGGUUCCAGAACCAACGUGCCAAAGUCAAAAAGAUACAAAAGAAGGCGAAGCAGGAACCGCCAGCGAAGGGAGUCAGCGAUUCGCACUCACAGGACUCUCAGGAGUCACAGGACAGUACUCUGACAACCAAGAUUAAGGACGAGGCGCACAGCGACAGCGAGUCACAGCAAGAAUCGCCUUUUUCUUCAACCUCCGAAGGAAUGUCAAGGCUACGCUGCAACGUCAAGGACGAACAGGAGCAGGGAUCACUCAGCUGCAUGGAAACCAACAAGGAAAACUGCAAUAAGAAUAACGAGCCGAUACUCAAUACGAUACUGGGCUUGAGCUAUGCAACGUUUCAGCAGCUGAUGGGACCUUUCACGCAGACGCCGAUGAUCAAUCCGAUCGAUCGAUUAUACAGCAUGCAGAGCUCUUAUUUUCGACCCGAGGAACUGGGCGCCUAUGGCGAAUGCGGUGGUGGUGGCGGCAAGGACUCAAUGGAGCAUUAACUUGGCUCUGUCUGAACAGAAUUUUAAGCCCAAAAUCAAAAUUAGAAGUUGUAAAAUAAACAAAACAAAAAAAUGUUAAUGUGCUUGCGUUGACCUCGUUGCUUGACCGGCAAAACAAAAACAAUCCCAAUCGGAAACUGCAGCACGUGCACACGUGGAUCCAACCCCAAUGGAUAAAGCAGGACAACAAUAACAUUGGGCAACCACCCGGCACAAGGUUGCGAGACUUUUUUGGUUGUUCUGCAGGUGCAGGCCUU